CGCGCACGAGCUCCUAGCUAAAGGAAGCAGCAGAGCUCGAGUUCCCAACAUUACUGAACAACAGCAGGCACCAUGGGCAAAAAGUACGAUUUAAAGCAGCAGGAAGGUCCAGACAGUCCAAAUGGAGAUAUAAGUGUGAAAAAAAAAGGAAAAAAGGGAAAAAAAGAAGAGAAACCUGCCCCGGACCCUAUGGUGGGACCUUUAGAAAUAUUUCGCUUUGCUGAUAGUCUGGAUAUUUUUUUGAUGGUGGUUGGAACCAUCAUGGCCAUGGCUAACGGAGCAGUGCUUCCUGCUAUGGUGGUUGUAUUUGGAGACAUGACAAACAGCUUUGUGGAUGACAGUAUUUUACAGAACCUGCCAAACAUCACUUUGCCAGGGAACAUAAGCUGGCCAAUUUCCAAUCAAACACUUGGAGAACAAAUGACAAGGCAUGCCAUUUACUACAGCAUCAUGGGAGGUGUAGUCCUUUUUGCAGCCUAUAUGCAGGUGGCCUUCUGGACCCUGGCUGCAGGGCGUCAAGUGAAGAGACUCAGAAAGUUGUUCUUUCACUCCAUCCUAAAACAGGACAUCGGCUGGUUUGAUGUCAACGAAACAGGACAGCUUAAUACAAGGCUUGCCGAUGACAUUUUUAAAAUAAAUGAAGGCAUUGCAGACAAGCUGGGCACAUUAAUUCAGUCCUUAACCACCUUUUUAACGGGCUUCAUCAUUGGCUUUAUUAAAGGCUGGAAGCUCACCCUUGUCAUCGUUUCCAUAAGCCCCCUGCUAGGCAUCUCUGCUGCGGUUAUUAGCAAGGUAAUGACCUCCUUCACGUCAAUGGAGCAGACAUCAUAUGCGAAAGCUGGAGCUGUAGCUGAAGAGGUGCUGUCUGCUAUAAGAACUGUCUUUGCAUUUGGAGGACAGAAGAAGGAAAUAAAGAGGUAUCAGAAAAACCUGGAGGACGCCAAGAACGUUGGUAUCAAGAAAGCCAUUACAGUAAACAUUGCUGUAGGUUUCACAUACUUCAUGAUAUACAUGUCCUAUGCUCUGUCCUUCUGGUAUGGGAGCACCUUGAUUUUUGCUGGAGAGUAUGACAUCGGAACACUCUUGACAGUAUUUUUUGCUGUGGUGAUUGGAGCUUUCGGCCUUGGUCAGACCUCGCCUAACAUUCAAGCAUUCUCAAGUGCACGAGGUGCUGCUCACAAGGUUUUUAACAUCAUCGAUCAUAAACCCAGCAUCAACAGUUUCUCAGAUGAAGGCUACAAACCUGACAUGGUCAAAGGAAACAUAGAGUUCAAAGACAUUCACUUCAGUUACCCCUCACGGCAGGAUGCAAAGGUCUUAAACAACAUGAAUCUGAAGAUCAGCAGUGGACAGACUAUUGCACUUGUAGGUAGCAGCGGUUGUGGUAAAAGUACAACAGUCCAGCUGAUCCAGCGCUUCUAUGACCCCCAAGAAGGAGCAGUGACUAUAGAUGGCCAUGACAUUCGCUCUCUGAACGUGCGCUGUCUGAGGGAGAUGAUCGGCGUUGUGAGUCAAGAGCCUAUUCUAUUUGCCACCACUAUUACAGAGAACAUUCGAUACGGCCGUGAAGACGUGACCCAGGAGGAGAUAGAACAGGCCACACGCGAGGCCAAUGCCUAUGAUUUCAUCAUGAAACUUCCUGAUAAAUUCGAGACUCUGGUGGGAGACAGAGGCACUCAGAUGAGUGGAGGGCAGAAACAACGAAUUGCCAUCGCUCGAGCACUUGUGCGCAAUCCGAAGAUCCUCCUGUUGGAUGAGGCAACAUCAGCUUUGGACACAGAAAGUGAGGCGAUUGUACAAGCAGCCCUGGAUAAGGUGAGACUUGGCAGGACAACUGUCAUUGUGGCCCACCGUUUGUCCACCAUCCGCAAUGCUGACGUCAUCGCAGGAUUCCAGGAUGGGAAAGUUGUAGAGCUUGGCACACAUGAGGAACUGAUGGAGAAAAAGGGAGUCUAUCAAUCAUUGGUCACUAUGCAGACUUUUAAGAGCACAGAAGGUACAGAGACACAAGCAGAGGAGCCUGGGCUGGAUGAGAAAAGCCCGUCUGUCACGUCUAUUACUGAACACACACUCUUCAGACAGAAAUCCAAGAGUUUCAUUGGCUCAGAAAAGGCCAGGAGGACGAACACAAAGAGUCCAUUCAGGAGGAAAAAGUCCCAGAAGUAUCAUUCUUCAAAGUACUUAGUCUAAAUAAGGCAGAAUGGCCCUACAUGGUGGUGGGCAUCAUCUGUGCGACCAUCAAUGGUGGCUUGCAGCCUGCUUUUGCUGUUAUCUUCUCCAAAAUCA